AUGUCGGUGCCUCAGCGCUUCAGAGUUGUCAAGAUGAAGCGGCUUUGCCUAAAUUGUUUGGGUUCUGGUCAUUUUAUUGAUCGUUGUACCAAGGGAUCAUGUCGCGAGUGCAACAAAAAGCACCAUUCGAUGUUGCAUAACAAUUUUUCGAGUCAGAGCUCCGUUUCACAAAACCAGUCGACAGUCAAUAGUCAUUCGUAUCGGAAUAAUAAUCGCCCAGGACCUUCUGGACAAGGUCGUGAACAUAAUGUAAAUCCUCAAGCACAACAUAGUUCCACUAAUUCCUACCCCGUAAUACAAACACACAUUCGCCACACUCAACCACAACACACCACAGACAAUUCCUUUACCUUUAAUGCGGCACCAAUGCCGGAAUGCGCUAAGUUUCGUUCGCUACAAGUUUUAAUGUCAACCGCUGUAGUACGGGUUGAAGAUCGUUUUGGAAAUCAUACAAAAGUUUCGCUCAAUCGGUGCGAGAUUCCCCAGAAUUUGGUGUUAGCUGAUCCGGAGUUUUGGAGUCCAGGUCCGAUAGACAUGAUCAUCGGGGCAGAAUACUUUUGCGAUUUAUUGCGAUCUGGGAAAUUGAAAGUUUCGGACAAUGGUCCAACUCUGCAAGAAACCGAGUUUGGUUGGGUUGUCUCCGGCAGAGUUUCUGAUAGUUCCGUCGCAACAUUGGAAUCUCCAGUCAGUUCGGAUUGUUUUGUUAGUUCUACAGCGAAUUUGGAAGACAUGAUUGCUAAGUUUUGGGAGUUAGAAUCAUGUAAUACUAACAGUAUUUUGUCAGUUGAAGAGUCAGUUUGUGAACAGAUGUUCAAAGAAACCACAAUUAGGAACUCGGAAGGUAAAUUUGUCGUCACCUUGCCGAAAAAACGUGGUGUUUUGCGUAACUUGGUAUUGAAGCCGGAGAGUACAACUACAAAGCUACGCGUAGUGUUUGAUGCUUCGUGUCGCACCUCAACGGGCGUUUCGUUGAACGACGCGUUGAUGGUGGGGCCUACUGUGCAGAACGAUUUGUUGUCGAUCAUCUUGCGCUUCCGUUUGCACCGAUACGCCAUCAGUGCAGACAUCGAGAAGAUGUACAGGAUGGUACAAGUUCAGCAACCGGAUCAACACCUUCAGCGAAUUUUGUGGCGAGAUACACCUGAUGAACCCGUGAAGACGUUUGAGUUAACGACCGUUACAUACGGAACUGCUAGUGCUCCGUAUUUGGCGACAAGGUGCUUGAAACAGCUUGCUGAAGAUGGAUCAGCAAGUCAUCCGAUUGGUUCGAGAGUAGUCAGAGACAGUUUCUACGUCGACGAUUGUCUAGUUGGAGCGGACAGUGUCGAAGAAGGCAAGCAUUUGGUUGAAGAAACUACCGAUCUCACCAAUUCAGCUGGGUUCAAUUUGCGGAAGUUUAACUCAAACUCACCGGAGAUAUUGGCAAGCAUUCCUGAAGAUUUGAAAGAUAAAAAGUCAGUUUUAGAGUUCGAUUCGUCAGAUUCAACUGUGAAAACCCUUGGUUUGAAGUGGGACACAGAGUCAGAUAAUUUUUGUUUUAGUAUUCCCCAUUGGAGGUCAUCAAGUUCGCAAAUCACAAAAAGAAGCGUGCAUUCUGAUGCAGCCUGUUUGUUCGAUCCCCUUGGGCUCGUGGGUCCAGUUGUUGUGCAAGCGAAAAUGAUAAUCCAGCAACUGUGGCGUCUCAAGGUUGGUUGGGAUGACCCAUUGGAUGAGCAGUAUCAAAAUCUAUGGAAAGAGUACAAACAGAGUUUGAUGCCAUUAGAAUCGUUGUCAGUUCCACGUUGGCUUGGCUUCAGUAAAGAUUGUGUGUCAGUACAGUUACAUGGAUUUUGCGAUGCGUCAGAGGUAGCUUAUGGAGCUUGUUUGUACCUGCGCUGCGUAACUGUAGAUGGUCAGAUAUCGGUCAGAUUAGUAACAGCCAAGUCAAGAGUAGCCCCUUUGGAGAAUUUGAAAAGAUCGAAAAGAAAAACCUCAAUCCCACGUUUAGAAUUGUCGUCAGCUCUCCAACUCUCACACCUGUACGAGAAAUUUGCCAGAGUUUUCCCAGAAGUGACAGAGGCGUAUUUCUGGACGGACUCAAUGAUCGUGAAGCAUUGGUUAGCUUCGCAUCCAUCUCGCUGGCAAAUGUUUGUAGCGAAUAGAGUGUCCGAGAUCCAGCACAUUACAAGGAAUGGUUUCUGGAAUCAUGUGGCUGGAAUAGUUAACCCCGCAGACCUGAUUUCACGAGGAGUUUCUCCUGCUCGACUUUGCUACGAAAGGUUAUGGUUUGAGGGACCUCAGUGGCUAUCCCAGGCUCAGCAAUAUUGGCCUCGCCAAACUGCUGAAGGCCAAGAAGAGUUCGACCCAUUAAUCAUCGAAGAACGUCCAACUACUACAACGCUGAUGUCGAAGAGUGAACCCUUUCACGAAAUUUUUGGUCUGAAGUCGUCGUUUACGAGUUUGAUCCGUAUUGUCGCAGUUAUGCUCCGCUUCAGACACAAUGCUCAAAAGGUCAAUCGUUUGUGUCGACGAGUUGGUCCGUUGACACCACAAGAAAUGCAGUUUGCUAUCGUAGUUUUGGUUCGCCUUUCACAAAAUGAGUCGUUUGAGUCAGAGUUUAAAGAUUUGGAAAAGAAUGGUCAAGUAGAAAGAAGGUCGAGAAUUGCUAAAUUGAACCCAUUUGUCGAAGAUGGUACAAUCCGCAUCGGGGGCCGGUUGUCGAACGCCCCAUUACCUGAUUCUCGAAAACAUCCGUGGGUUCUCGACCAUCGUCAUCCUUUGGCAUUGCUUAUUAUGCGUGAAUAUCACUUGCAUCAAUUCCACGCUGGGCAGCAGUUGCUUAUCGCCUCCGUAAGACGAAGUUUUUGGCCAACAAACAUCAAUUCCUUGGCGAGAAAGGUGAUUCACGAGUGCGUUCCGUGUUUCAAAAGCAGACCUAAGAUUUCAGAACAGAUUAUGUCAGAUUUGCCGUCAGUCAGAGUUACGCCAUCGUCAGCAUUUUUAAAAGUGGGAGUUGACUACUGUGGUCCAUUUAACGUCAGCUACCCUAAUCGUCGUGCAACACCGGUGAAAUGCUAUGUAGCUAUCUUCGUUUGCUUGGCAGUGAAAGCGGUUCAUUUGGAGCUCGUUAUGGAUCUAACGACUGAAGCCUUCGUUGCUGCACUGCGCAGGUUCAUCGGGCGCCGAUCGAAACCAGAAUUGAUUACCUAUGUGCGACAAUGCGACGACAUUUGUUGGGGCAAACAACUCAUUGAAAGAGAUUGGUCGGCUUAUGAGGUCUAA